AUGGCCAUCCCUGGCUCCUGCCAGCUUGUUAGCACAGAGCACGAAGCUGAAACAUCUGUAGUUAUCACCAAGGAAGUCAGCAGGCUGGCUGUCACUGCAGAGCUGAAGCUGCAGAGUGAGAGAGAGACACAGAGAUAUACGAAAAGAGAGGGCGAGAGAGGCUGUCUGGCUCCAUGUCUGCCCCUGCGCCUUCCACCCGGAGGUCUGUGUCGGGCUCACGCAGGGGAUUAUCAUCUCCUGGGAGAGCUGAGGCUCAGUUUUGCGUCAGUCCCAUCAGCUGCUGAGCUCCAUAAGCGAUUCAACCCUCUGAAGGCUCUGCAGCCCAAACGGCGCUUGCAGCAAAUGCUGCCGUCCUCCUCGCCCGUGUCUGUACCCGUGCCCGCGCCCCCUGCAUGCACCAAACAGAAUUGGUGGUACAGUGACACAUCACUACCUCCUCACUGUAAUAGCUUGUUGUAUUUGGUCAGGUUUGACUACUGCAGGUUCAUAGAGCUAGACUACAUUCCAAUGGAGACAGACUAUAUGGUUUCAAUGCGCCCAACAGAACGAGGAUAUCUCACUACCAAGUCUCCGGAGCGGCACUGUCGAAGGACAGCUGCCCCAGUCAGCAACAGAGAUCCCUAUGGCAACGCCUCUCUCAGCAGCAGCAGCACUAACUCUGGCUCCUGCAAGGGCAGUGAUUGCAGCCCCACCAAGGGGCGUCACAUGAAGGCAUACGCCUCAUGUACAGAUAACCAUGGCAUCCGCCCCCCUCCCCCAGAGCAGUACCUCACACCCCUGCAGCAGAAGGAGGUGUGUAUCAGACACCUGCGGGCCCGCCUCAAGGAGUCAGUCGACAGGCUGCAGGACAGGGACUCUGAGAUCGAUGCUUUGAAGACCCAGCUGUGUCGGAUGCAGGAGGACUGGGUUGAAGAGGAGUGUCACCGCGUGGAGGCCCAGCUAGCCCUGAAAGAGGCGCACAGGGAGAUCCAGCAGCUCAAGGAAGUGGUGGACGUGGUGCGCACCAACCUCAGCUCCAGCGACUCCACCGACACCGGCGUCCAGAAAUACUUCCAGGACAUCAAUGCCCAGAACCUCAAGCUGGAGAACCUGCUGCUCAGCAUGGAGCUGGCUCAGAAUGGGGUGGCCAAGGAGCAGGAGGCUGCUGCAGCAAGAGGAGUGACAGGGGGGUCUCGGGCUGGGAGGCCUGGGACUGCGGGGUCAUGGCCUGGGAGUAGUCCCGCUGCAUCAGGGACUGGGGGGGGUGGCUCCAAGAGUCUGUGUGGGUCCUGUGACGGCUCCCCCGCCCGUUCUCUGACCCAAAGCUCUACCUACACCAAGCUGAGCGACCAUGCACUGGGGGAUAAGAACGGGAACGGCCUGUCAGGGGAAGAGAACCAUGACAGCGGCUUUGUGUGCUGUGGGGAGAGUCACAGUGCAGCCAGCAGUCACAGGGCAGACAGCAGUCACAGGGCAGACAGCAGUCACAGGGCAGACUUACUCCUGGAGGCAGCCUUCCUAUCUGAAGAGACAGCCUCACUGCUCAGCACCUACUCCCACCUGCCAAAGUCCUCCACCUACGAGAAGCUGUGCACCGGGCAGGACAGGGUGGUGCCCCUGCGCUGUGCCAUGGGUGGGGCGGGCAGCACCAACCACUCCUGUCUGUCCCACCACCACCUGUACCUGCACCACCUCAGGGAGCAGGCCGUCCAGACAGAGAGCUGCCCCGUCCCGGUGGGGUUGGGCUACGCCUCUGACCUGGACACCAUCACCGAGCGCACCUUCCGCUCUCAGGCCUGCAGCCCCACCUCCACCUGGGUCUCAGAUGAGGGAGACGACCUGGACUCAGUUACCAUGACGUCAGUCACCAUGACAACUCUCACAGCUACAACAGCUGAGCCCGCUCCUGGUACUCCUUUAACCAGCUCUGCCUCUGUCUCCUGUGCAGUGGAAAUGGCCUCCCUAUCAGUGAAGGAGGAUGGGAAGAUGGUGGGACAGUUGGAGAGGCAUAUAGAGGUAGUGGGGGAGGGUGCAGUGGGGAUGGUAGAGUUAGGCAAGCAGCAGGAGGAGGAGGAUGUGGGGUUGGUACAGUUGUGUAAGCAGGAGGAGGUAAAGGUGCUGGGGUUGGUGAGGGAGGGGAAGCAGGGGGAGGUCCGGGAGUUAGAUCUAUAUAAUCAGAGGGAGGAGGUUUUGGAGGUGAAGAAUCAGAGAGCGGUUGAGGAGGUGAGGUCAGUGGAGGUGGGGGAGCGGCCCCACACCUCCCAGCCCAGGAGCAGCUCGCUACAGGAGAUAGCUGGGGUGACAGUGGUGGAGGUUGAUGAUGAUGAAGAGGCUGAGGUUCAGGGAGCAGUAGGGGGAGCAGAGGAGUCUACCUCUUCUGAGUCUGGACCCGCAGUGAAGAGCUACUGGAGCCGCCACUUCCUGGUGGACCUGCUGGCAGUGGCUGUGCCCGUGGUUCCCACGGUGGCAUGGCUGUGCCAGGGGGCACGGCGCGAAGGACUGCCAAUUUACCACUUCGGCUCACUGCUGCGUGGCUGCUGCACAGUGGCCCUCUCCUCCCUGCGCAGGGGCGGGGGAGUCAGGCACUACCCCGCGGGCACAGGUGGGGGAGCCAUGGGGGGCACAGAGAUCUGAGACAGGCCCCAUGACAGCCUGGGAACUGCACACACACAGCACUGCCCUCUCUGGUCCUGGGUCCUGGGUUUGUCCUCCACCUGAAGUACUGGGUAAAGAAAGGAGGGGAGCGAUGAUUUUGAAUAAAUUAUUCUGAAGACAGGACAGCCCCAGCAAACCAUAUAACCCUCUCUGGUGGUGGCCUCUUCCACCUCUUCUGCUAGACUGAGAAGGGACACCAGGAUGUGUUGAACUGGCACUAAAUGGUAGAACUGAACAGUUCAAUGGAUACUGAAUGGCCGGAGUGUGACUGAUGGGGAUUGUAACCACUCUCUCUUGUGUGCAGGGAGACUGAAAGGUCUGUCCGUCACUGUGGCUCCCUUUAUUGGUCCAGUUCCAUUUUGACUCGUGUGUAAGAAAUGUGUGUGAUCACACGACAUGUGUGUUGUGAGUGUGCAGCAUGUGUGUUCUUCUCUGUGUUGUAUUGCGUUGUGUAGCCAAAGCACCUAGGUGUCUGGAGGCAAUCGCAGCCAUGGCUGUGCAGUAGUUGGUAUGCUCAUUUACGAGUGAAUGACUGAAGUCUUGACACAUGGCAGUUGCCCCCUAAAGGUACCAGGCAAGCUGCUGCUGUACAUUUCUGCUUCCUGUCACUGGUGUCCUAGAUUAACAAUCACUCUUGUAGCAUUCAGUCCAUGUCCGUCGUCCAAGUGUUAGUCAUUCCAGACCCAUGAACCAGAAACAUCUCAAGAAGGAAGCAAAUAGAAAUAUAAUAAUUGAAACUAAGUUUAUUUUUCUUUCAAAAAUAGGAAAGGGAUUAUGGACUUUGUUGUUCUUGGGGUGUUUGCAGUGUCAUGCCUGAGUUGGAAGAAUCUGAGUGUCUUAUUGUUUAGAGCUGUAAUGGAUGUAGUCAUUGACGUGAAAUAGUUGAAAGGCUGAGCAAGGACUGUACUGUAAUGUUUAAAUAUAAGUCUUUGUUAGCGAUUUCUGAGCCAAACAAGUGCUAACUGAUGUCCACAAGAUUGUGAUGCAACCAACAAGAACAGUCCUUUGAGUUGAAGUACAUUGAGUUCUUUAGAGAAGAAACAGGAUAGAUCUUAUUUCUUUAGUAAUUUAUUAACAAUGUUUUGCACUAUUAUUCACUUUAUGAGGUUAAGCAACUACUUGAAGUCAAGUUUGUGUGUUUCCAAAGUGGAAUGCGGCCACAGUUUUGCUUCGGAGGUUUUUUUGCGUUCAAAUAUACUUUCUCACAGAUACAACUGUCUAAUGGAAUAUGUUUCAAAGUAAAAGUGCCGUUUUUCUUUGAACACUGAAAACUGUUGCCUUCCGUCCAUAACUUUCUUUUCCUGUAGUGUUUUAGCCGUAGGGAAUAUCCUUCUCAAAAUGUUUCGCUGCUUUCUGGAAUGUGCGUUGGAUGUGCAUUUGUGGUGUUGUUUCUCUUAUUCCCCUUAAUUUCUGCUGCUUGACAAUCCCUUCUGUGCGUGUUUCUGCUGAUUUGACCUCCUCGCGAUGACUUCCAGCACCUAUGAAUUGUGAAACACACGAGCAGCACUGACAAAAUAGAUUGAGUGGUGAAUUAAUGAAAUGCUUGGGAGUUGUCUUACACACUUUUCAACGUCGUCAUGUGCUUUAGAUUUGAACACUUUCCACAACCCUGUUGGAAUUUUGUAUUGUGUCUUGAUAUUGUGCGUUGCUGUAGCUCUUCCCCAUCUUAUUUCAUCAUCAUGACCUGUGAAUGGUCCCCCUGCCAUUUGUAAAGCCUGCUUGGUGUAAGUGGUUCAGGAAGCCUCUGCAUUUUUUAAAUUAAAAGCCAUACCCCC